CACAUACAAAGUGACAUAAUCGCUGUCACUGUUAUUUGCGCAUCUUCGUGUCUGCCUUGCUUGUACUCUACUUGAACAUCUGGUAAAUUAUUCUUCACCACCUCACGAUUAUUCGUCGGCCGCCGUCACAGGUAGCGGAAAUCAUGUUCUCCGCCGAAGAUGCGAAAGAGGUGUUCCAACUGCUCUCAUUAGAGGGUGAUCUCAGCAACCCUCUGAUUCUCUCUUCGCGUGGCGAUGGAUUUGUGACACGCAAACAUACCCGUCGAGCAUUCGAGGAUCUUGUCACAGAAGAUGCGUUUGCACGCAAACAUGGUCUGUCGCACAGCAGUCUGGAUAUUCUCAUCGAUCUGUCAGAGCUACACAUAGUCGAGGUGAAUGGCUACCUCUAUAGUACCGCGUACGAUAUGACUGCAUCGGGUGCUAUUGCAAACUUACUCAGGGAAAAUCUCCAAAAGCUGCAGGCUGCCGAUCUGAAGUCGACAGAUGUCCCUGGAAACCCCCCCACAUGGUUUAUACAUCGCACUGUCAAUAGCCUGCUGAAGGAACCGGACUUCGCUGGCAAACUACACGUUCAUGGACUACCAAGCCGCGUUCGUUGCACCCCAGUACAGCUGAUUAAACAGACCCAUGAUACCGUCAUCAACAAUUUGCAGUCAGGGAAGACCGCCUAUAUCGACCUGCAAAUUUUUCAACGCGACAAUGAAGCAAUAUAUUCGUCCAUUGAAGAGGCACAGGCGGCCCUGGAAAGUACAAAAGGCAUCGAGAUUGUAGAGACAUUUGCAAUCUCGGAAGCUUGGAUCUCAAAGUCCAGUAUGGAAUGUUCGUCAGGCAUGGCUCGAGACGGAGGCGUGGAGAUAAGGGUGAGUGCAUCUGAGCUUCGAGCAAACCAUUUUCCUGGCAGUAUACUUGCGACUGUCAUUGACAAGGUCGAACAUGCAAUCCGUGCUAUUUCCCCAAAGAUACACCGUGUUGGCGAUUGCAUAUUGAGUGAAUACGGCUACGAUCAGGACCGUAACAUUCUAUUUGACCUCGCCAAAGCUGAUGCCGCUUCUCAAUGGCAGCAACUCAAAGAGGUCCCAAAGGCGGAUGUCAAGUAUUCACUGUCAAGUAUCAUUGACCAAAUUCCAAACCGCGGUUUAGUCUUGCGAGAUCUGGUCAAAGAGAGGACCAUACAACGCGCGCUUGACGACGCUUUCUCUAUCAAGAUCUCUGAGCUCGAAAAGCAGAACGAAGCCGAGUUCGCAGACUACUGGACCGAUCGUGUAGUCACACGCGUGGCAAUUUAUUCCCAAGGUCUGACCGCAAUAGAAGACCAGAAGCUGCGCGAUCAACUGUCGGAGCUAUUCGCUCAGUACUUACAAAAGGGUCUCAUGCCGGAUACGAUAUCAAAGGUUACUUCACAAGGACUUGUUUUGAGCCGAAAAACUCGCAAAAACAUCCAAAAGCUAGAGUCUGCUCUGAGCGCUGGCAACAUGGACGUAUCAGCGCUUACGACGUCUCUUGAUAAGUUCAACAAGAAGCAGUCGAUCGAUGCACCUGUAGCCUCAGCUUUAGGAUCCUCCAAAGCAGCGAUGCUCGGCGACAUGGCACGCAGAAUGCAAAAGCAGAAGUCUGACGGUCCCCUCCUCUUCCUGACGCUGGUUGUUUUUCUCUUCGCCAAACACAACGCUGGUGUUGUCUAUGCAACUGGCAAGUUCGCACCCAAGCUGCUGAAGCAACUCAGGGCUAUCCUUGACGCAGAGCAGUAUGCACGGCUGGAGGCGUGGAAAGAAGCUGCAAGGGCCGGCACGCUGAGUGCGGAAGAUAGAGACGGCAUGAAGAAGAUGGUCGAAGCUGGGGUCUAAUAUCCACUCC